ACAAUAUGGCUGAAAAUAAGAGUGGUUUCUUGUUGAAUUUGUUGCCACAAAUAGUCAUUUAAAUUUUAAAUAAUGUCAGUUAUACUUGAAACAACUAUCGGGGAUUUAGUUAUCGACCUUUUUACCGAGGAAAGACCUAGAACAUGCCUGAAUUUUCUGAAAUUGUGUAAAGUCAAGUUUUAUAACUACAGCCUUUUCCAUUUUAUUCAGAGAAACUUUCUAGCUCAAACUGGGGACCCGACUGGGUCAGGUCGAGGUGGGGAGUCUAUAUUUCGAUCACUUUAUGGUGACCAAGCUAAAUUCUUCGAUGCGGAAACCAAACCAAGAAUCAAGCAUGUCAAGAAAGGAACUGUGUCCAUGGUGAAUAAUGGCGAUGACAUGCAUGGCUCCCAGUUCUUUGUUACUCUUGGUGAAAAUCUGGAUUACUUGGAUGGCAAGCAUACAGUGUUUGGUGAGGUUGCUGAAGGAUUCGAUAUCUUGGAAAAACUAAAUGAAACCAUUUGUGACGAUGGCCAUCGGCCAUUUCAAGAUGUGAGGAUAACUCAUACAGUCAUAUUGGACGACCCCUUUGAUGAUCCAGAUGGACUUCAAGUACCAGAUAGGUCACCUGAACCAACCAAAGAACAGCUUGAUAGUGGCCGUAUUGGUGCAGAUGAAGAAAUCGAUGAUACCAAAGGCAAAACAAUGGAAGAGGUCGAGGAAAUGAUUGAACAAAGGGAGUUUCAAGCUGGUACACAGAUCUUGGAAAUGGUUGGAGACAUACCAGAUGCCGAUGUUAAGCCUCCGGAAAAUGUUCUCUUUGUUUGUAAAUUAAAUCCUGUUACAACCGAUGAGGAUUUGGAAAUUAUAUUUUCUCGGUUUGGGCCCAUAAAAUGCUGUGAGAUAAUAAAAGAUUCUGUCUCCAAAGAGUCUCUUCAGUACGCCUUCAUUGAGUAUGAGAACGUGGAAGAUUGUGAGAGAGCUUACUUCAAAAUGGACAACGUUCUUAUCGAUGAUCGGCGAAUUCACGUUGACUUCAGUCAAUCUGUAGCAAAACUGGUUUAUAGCAAACCUGGGGCAAAGCCGGUGUACGAGUUGAAAAACAAAAAAGAGCCAGCUGGACCGAAACUCGAAAUCAAGGGUUCCUCGAGGAAGGACAAAUAUGAUUUAGUGUUUGAGGGUAACAGCGAGGAGGAAAAGAGUGAUGGAGAGAGACAGUCCAAGAGAAGAAAAGAAAGACGUAAGAAACGACGUAACUCGUCUAGCGAAGAAAGCAGUCCUGAACACGACAGAAAAACUGCCCAGCAUCAUAGACACAGUGAUCGCCGUAGCAAGAAUGAGCAGAACAGGGAGCCCAGUCCGAGGACGAAAUAUCAGAGAACAGAACCUGCUCGGAGUGACCGCAAACUUGAGCAUCGGAAGUCCGACGACAACCGCCAAAGACACGACGAUAGCCACCGAAAAUCUGACGAAAGUCACCGGCGGUCUGACAAUAGUUCCCGGAAGUAUGACGAAAGUCACCGGAAGUCCGACGAUAGUUACCGGAAAUCUGACGAGAGUCGUCGAAAAUCUGACGGAAGUCACCGAAAGUCUGACAAUAGUUACCGGAAAUCUGCUGAUACUUACAACAAGUCUGACGAUGGUUACCGGAAAUCGACCGAUGGAAAUCGGAAGUCAUACGACAAAGACCGGAAAGCUGAAGACAACUCGUACCGAAAAUCUGGAAGCAAAAGGUUAAAGACGUGAAGGUGAUAUUUUAUGACUGAAUGCCGAAGAAAACUUAUGAAGGCGACUCGUCCCAAACCUAAUACGGUAAGCCCGGGAUGAAAACGUUCAACGAACCUAUUGUCUGGCAGAGCUUAAAAAGUCCAACUUCAGGAAGAGAAAAAACGUUAUUUUUAAAAAUCGUCAAUAUUUUGAACUAAUAGGGGUAGUUUUAUUGAGAAUUUCAAAACUGCACACAAUUGUUUAUUAUAUUAAAUAUUUAAUUCGGAACAGCUUAUUACACACCAUUUACAACCUACCCUCGUUUAAAACCUGGUAACGAGGAUGUUUACAACCCGACCCACUCCACCAAAAUAGAAUGAAAAGCUUAAUCAGGGUCUAAAGCGCAAGUCGUCCAACCUCCUUCCCAGGCCCUUUUCUGGGCAAAUAUGGCGGGGUGAUGCCGUCCGUUUUCCUGGUGCAGCAUUUGACAUUUUAAACUAACUUUAUUGCUUACGUGGAAUUAGUUUAAGUAUAGGUACAUUAUUAUCAGUUUAUUUAUUUAUAGACGAGGAGAAUUCGAUUAAAUGUUGCCCCCAAGGCAAGAUAUAUCCCAGAGAUAUAUACAUAUCAUCAGGUGAGGGUUGUAUUUCAUCGAAUGUCAAUACGUCUAUAAAAAGUCUGUAAAUUAUUAAUAUGAUAUCAAAACAUCAAAUAUGGUUCUACAUAUCGGUGUGGUACUUCUAUGACUUAGGCUAUGGUGAAGAUCCGUAAAGUAAAGUGAGGUGUGGUAAGGUAAAGAGGUGUGAUAUGGUAUGCCACGGUGAGUGGCAAGGUAGGAGUAAUAAGUAAAGUUUAUUGGUAUGGUAUGGUGUGAUGUGGUAUGGUAUGGUAUGCUAUGCUAUGCUA